UGCUAACUAAUUCGUAAAAAAGUUACAAGUUCUCUUUUGCCUGGAAAAAUCGUGAGAUUAUAUAACGAAAUUUUCAUCCAGAUGUGUGAAAACCACGCGGUCAAGCAGUUUAAAACACGGUAGCAUACAGUAUGAGUUCUAUUGUUUGAACUAAGCUGUUCGAUCGACAUACAUACCCAGUUGAAUCGAUUUUUAAUGCUAAAGCGACGAUAAGACUUUAAAAUUAAAGGAUUAGAAGUGGUUUUUUUACUCGUCAAGCACAUUCCCGUUCAAUGCGCAGUUGGUUCGGAUCUCGGCAAAAAAGGAGGAAAAUUUAAGAGAAAAAUGUGAAAAAGAUAAUAAUAGCAUUUUUGUUGGCGUGCCCGCUGGGAACGGCUGCUGUCUGACUGUUGGUCACAGCUACCAACUAAACACCUACCGGAUAGCUGUAACAUUUCGGUUUUGACUUAGCUGCUUCGUUGUUAUUGUUGUUCUUUUGUCACCGAGCAAGGCGCACCGUAAAAGACAGACAAAAUGGCGAAAAAGGGGAAAGCUAAAAAUGGACCUGUGAAAACGGAGGCUCCUGCUGCUGAUGCACCUGUAGCAGCAGAAACAGCCCCAACUGUGGCUGUGAAACCCGCGGAGGAACCUAUUGAACUAGCUGAGAAACCAAUCGAAGAGCCCAAAAUCGUAGAAGCAACGAAAUCUAUUGAGACGAAAAAGCCUGCAUCACCCAAACAGAAACAGAAAGCUCCAACUAAACCAGAAAAAGAAGUUAAACCUAAAGAAGCGUCAGCCAAAGAACCAACCAGCCAGAUUAUCGCCCCCGUUCCGAAUGGAACAGUAGCUCCGGGAGAAUCUACGGCAGCCGAAGGAACCGCUAGCGAGGCAGAAGGUGUCCAAACAUUAAAACGGAAGCGUAACCGCCGCAACCGAAAAAAGAAAGCAACCGGAGAAGGUGCGGAAGCUGAACAACAGCAACAGCAGAGUCAACCGACACCAGACGACCAAAAACCAAAAAAAGAACACAAGAAGAAGCGCGCGAAAAGGCUGCGUGCUUUGGCCCUGGCCGAGGCAGCUGCAACCGCUCAAAUUGCCGCGGCCGAAGGUGCUAUCGCUAGCACAGCCGCCGAUGUUCAAAAGCAACCUGACAACGUAGAUCAGCUGAAAAAGAAGAUCGAGAUAGCGGAAAAAGUACUCCAACAAGUGCAGCAGCAGGCUCAUGAAGAGCAGAAGAAAGCAGAUAGCUUGAAACCGGACCAGCAGAAUAAAAACAAUAAACGUAACCGCAAAGAUUCCGAUUCGCAGAAGCUCAUACAAAAGGAGGCAGAGGUAAAGAAAAUCACAGAGGAAAAGAAAGAGAUUUUAAGUGAGGCUAAGAAGUUACAGGAGCAGAAAGCCAAAAAACAACAAGAGAUACAGAAGCUGCUUGCUGAAAAGGCUCUAAAAGAUGAAGAAGCUAAGAGGCUCAUAGAAGAAAAGAACCGCAAGGUUGCGGAGGCAGCUAAGCUUAAUGAACAGAAAGCUCGCAUCGAAGCUGUCGAACAGAAGAUUAACGAAUUGGAACAGUUGAAAAUAGAGCUCCCUGUCAAGCAGGAGCCGCAACAACAACAACAACAACAGCGAGAAAGAAAGGAAUCUGAGACGAACAAACAAAAGAAACAGCAACGAGAUAGAAAAGAUUCGGAAGCUACUAAAAAAGCUAACGAACAGCAUGCAAAAAACGAUUCAGCGAAAAAAGAAACUGAACCCAAGAAAUCGGUAGAGCAAAAAUCACCAGCUGAAAAGAAAACAAACAAAGCAACAGCUGAUAAAACCCCCACUGACAAAGUUGCUGCUGUAGAAAAGACUGUGCAAGGAAAGGCUGCCUCUGACAAAUCUGCCGCAGUAAAAGCUGCCGCUGCUGGAAACGGUGCUUCAGAAAAAGUAACAUCACAGAAAGCAGCCACGGAGAAAACCACCGCUGUUGAUAAUGUCGACGCUGAAAAAGCUAGUGCUGAUAAACUAGCUGCAGAACAAGCAAUCGCAGAGAAAGUUGCGGCUGAAAAAGCGGCGGCGGAAAAGGCAGCCACUGAAAAAGCAGCCGCAGAAAAGGCUGCCGCUGAAAAAGCUGCCACUGAGAAGGCGGCCGCUGCAAAGGCUGCUGCUGAAAAAGCUGCCGCUGAAAAAGCCGCUGCAGUAAAAGCUGCUGCUGAUAAAGCUGCUGCUGAAAAGGCUGCCGCUGAAAAAGCUGCUGCAGAAAAAGCCGCUGCGGAAAAAACUGCUGCAGAAAAAGCCGCUGCGGAAAAAGCCGCCAUAGAAAAGGCCGCUACAGAAAAAGCCGCUGCAGAAAAGGCAGCUGCAGAAAAAGCCGCCGCUAUUAAGGCUGCUGCUGAUAAGAUCGCCAAGGCUGUCGCUGAGAAGGCCGCAGCUGAGAAGGCCGCUGCUGAGAAAGCUGCUGUUGAGAAGGCUGCUGCUGAGAAGGCUGCUGCUGAGAAGGCUGCAGCAGAGAAGGUAGCUGCUCAGAAGGCUGCCGCUGAGAAGGCCGCUGCUGAGAAGGCCGCUGCUGAGAAGGCUGCUGCUGAGAAGGCUGCAGCUGAGAAGGUCGCUGCUCAAAAGGCCGCUGCUGAAAAGGCUGCCGCUGAAAAGGCCGCUGCUGAGAAGGCCGCUGCUGAGAAGGCUGCUGCUGAGAAGGUCGCUGCUCAGAAGGCUGCUGCUGAAAAGGCUGCCGCUGAAAAGGCUGCCGCUGAGAAAGCCGCCACUGCAAAGAUCGCUGCUGAGAAGGCCGCUGCUGAAAAGGCCGCCGCUGAAAAGGUUGCUGCUGAAAAGGCCGCUGCUGAGAAGGCCGCUGCUGAGAAGGCUGCUGCUGAGAAGGUCGCUGCUCAGAAGGCUGCUGCUGAAAAGGCUGCCGCUGAGAAAGACGCCACUGCAAAGAUCGCUGCUGAGAAGGCCGCUGCUGAAAAGGCCGCCGCUGAAAAGGUUGCUGCUGAAAAGGCCGCAGCUGAGAAGGCCGCUGCUGAGAAAGCCGCUGCUGAGAAGGCCGCAGCAGCAAAGGCUGCAGCCGAGAAAGCUGCUGCUGAGAAAGCUACUGCUGAGAAAGCAGCAGUAGAGAAAGCCGCUGCUGAGAAGGCUGCCAUUGAAAAGGCCGCCGCUGAGAAGGCUGCUGUUGAAAAGGCUGCCGCUGAAAAAGCUACCGUUGAAAAGGCCGCCGCUGAGAAGGCUGCCGCUGAAAAGGCCUCUGAGAAGGCCAUCACUGAAAAGGUAACUGCUGAGAAGCUCGCCACUGUUAAGGCUGCACCCGAGAAAGCAGCCACCGAUAAGACUUUAGCAGAAAAAUCUGCCGCUGAGAAGGCUAGUACAGAGAAAGCUACGAACGACAAGGCACCUGCUACCGAUAAACCAACAGCCGAAAAAGAUGCAACCGUAAAAACCGUAACCGUGAUCCCGGAGACUGCUAACGGAUGUACUGACACAAAGAAACAAGAUAACAAACAACCCGAAAAGAAACAAAUAGACAGCAAACAGAAAACAGACAGUAAAGGGAAUAAUAAAAAGAGCAAACGAACUCCAAAAAGUAGUGUUUCCGAAGAUGAAAAACUUACCGGUUCAAAAAACGUGGAAAGCAGCGAUUUUGUCUCAUCUGUUAAACCCGAACCAGUUGUAGCAAAAUCGCUAGAAACCGCCGCCAUUACUGCUGUUGCCGCUGCUUGUCCUGUCGCUGCAUCGAAGCCAGAAGAAUCCAAACCUGCAACGCCCGCAAAACCUUCUCCGAUCGAUCCGAAGAAGACAGCAUCACCUGCCAAAACUAACGGAGCGCCAACGAAAACCAAACCACACCCUGCUCCGACGAACGCUGCUAAACCACAAACACCUUCAAAGUCACCCGAAAAGACACUGCCUAAAGUAUCCACCCCGAUUCCCACCAAGAAAGCACCGUCCCCGCCUAAAACGCUCCCGUCCCGAGCCUCACCUAAGCCAGGAACUCCUCCAACAACUCCAAAACCUACUAAAAAACCUGAACUUCCCCCCAAACCUGAAUUCCUCAAGAAGAAGUCUCCUUCGGUAGAUAAGGAGAAGCUGCCAACAGCUAAAUCGUCAACUCCUCCUGCAAUACCACCGUCUCCUGCCGCAGAAGCUGCUCCACCACAGGUACCAAGUGCAACCCCAGCUCCUAGUCCUGCUCUUGAACCAUCCACCACUUCUGCUUCUGCUACUUCUGCCACCGUUCUUCCUACUCCGGAUGCUAACACUGCCGCUGCCACCCGGUUAACGGAAGAACUGAACGGAUCUGGUGCGAAAAAAGGUUCCACUAGUCCAAACAAACAAAAACCCCUCCCCAAAAAACCGGAAGUUCCCCCAAAACCCGACGUCCACAACAAAAGCGCAGUGAAGAUGAAGACCCCAAUCAAGCAACCCAAUGCCACCGGAGCGAAAUCAUCGACGUCUGAUUCUAGGUCCCCAGCCACGGAGCAAAGUAGAUCGGAAGCAUUUAAAAAAAAUAUGGAAAUUAUUUCCACCCUCGCCGAUAUCCUACUGUCCUAUCCCAAGAGAAAGAAAAAUUCCGAUCCAACAGACAAUCCUAGCCCACCAACCUCAUCCACACCAUCUAUUAAUACAGUAGACAACACAAAAACCCAACCACAACCAGAUGCAGAGAACGCGCAAGAACCAAAACCUAAGAAAUCAAAAUCGAACCUUAAUCUUGAGCGCAUUCUAUCGAUUCUGCAAAGUACACAAAAACCAUGUUCCAAUGACAGCGAUGUGAGCAGUAUCCUCGGUUCUGGUUCUCCCGGCGCAGACGCAACGCCGUCUUCAUCCUCACCAUUGCCAUCACCAUCUGCAUCCGUGCCACUUCCUGCAUUAGUGCCGAUGGCGAGCGCCGAUCCAACUUCACCCCACCAAGCCCUUCUAACCAAAGAUGCUAUCCGUAUUUUGAUGCCUACCUUGCAGGAGGUAAACGUAAAGUUCAACGUCGAAAAACAAUUGGCGGCCCUCAAUGCGACCGCAGCAGCCGCCAAACUAAUGCCGAAGACACUUCCCGCCGAUACGGAAACAACAGAAGAAGAUGAACUCGAGGAAGAGUUUGAAGAGGAGGAAGAAUCGAUUGAAUACAAAUUUGCCCCUCGGCCGGUAUUCCUCGCCACUAACUGUCAGAUAUGCAAGAAUCCGCUUAGAAACAUAAUCCAGUGUGAAAGUUGCCGUAUGGUUUCAUACUGUACCGAAGAGCAUCGACGUUCAGAUUUUGCAACUCACAAGGAUCUGUGCGGUGUUAUCGUGGAACACGCUACGCGAAGAGGGGGACACAUCUACAACAUGGCGCACAAGUUAACAGAUGAUGAGUAUCGCAACCUUCGGGUGCAUACUUUGAACCAGUCAGAACAAAUGUUGAAACGGCCUCUUCAACCAUUUGAACGAGAAAUCCUGCUGUUCCCACGAUCAUGCUGUUCACCUAGCUGUCGCGAGUGGAGACAGGAUCUAUUGACCGAGUGCAAAGAGUGUCGUCAAAUUUCUUUCUGCGCCGAGCAUCCUGACCAUCUGUUACCAACUCACAAGAAAUGGUGCAAAUCAUUUUUCCUCUUUCAAAAGCUAAUCCUUCGGCAGAAACUGCUUGGUCGCAUCGAGCCAGUCCUACCAGUUCGAGUAGCCGGGAAAUCGUUCACCAUCCCACCAAACAUCGACGAGGUUCUUAAGAUGCUCUACAAAAAUUCAAACGCACUCCGAGACGAAUGUGUUUACGCAACGCUGACACAGAUCGCCACCGCACCAUUGACCGCUCUCCACGGGUACCUACAAACGGGCCUAAAACCAACGGAAACCUUCACCAUCCAUUUGGUCGGUGCAGAGUUGCAGUUUGAAGGUGACACCCUGGACAAGUGGGAAGCAUUCUUCCUUCACAUUGUACCGGAAAUCACCGAGCUGAGGGUGGUGUUCGUUGGCCCGGAACUGAACGUCGAAAAUCUACCCAUCGACAUUAUUAGCCGAAUUAGGAUGUGCCGCAGUUGUCGCCUCAAGUGUCGCGUGGUAAAGUUCGACUUCCAGUGCAGACGAUUCUACCACGAAUACCAACAGGAUCGCAACUGCUACACCAAACCGGAUCUAAUCUGUUUCUUCAAUCCCAUCCUGCACUCAACCAACGCCUAUCAGGGCUUCGACACAUGGCCAGAUACCCUGGAAGCGGUCGCAGCAGCCAAUUGUCCAAUCGUCGUAACAUCAUACACAGAACUUGACUGUCCACUGGAUCUGAUUCGGUUGCAGAAAGAAGUGGCCCGGCCCCUGCAAAUCAUUCAACAGCCCGCGUUAAAUCCGUGCCGAUCGAAGCGUCCCGAUCGCAAUUUUAUAUCGGACGAGGUUGUGCCGUUGAUUUUCAAGAACUAUUAUUAUUUUGUAGUGAAGUGAAAAAAGAACGAUGGAAGUAUCAUUGGUUUGUGUUUGUAAUUGUCCACCCUUAUAAUAUCCCGAAUCGAAAUCCAAUAAUUUCCAUAUUUUCAGUAAGAUAAAAUCACAAAACAGUCAUUUGUUUCAGCCAUUGUCAUGUAAUAAAAU